AUGGCAGAUCCACUACCUAUCUUCGUCAUAUCUCUUGCAGGCCAAAAAACCAAUCCCAUGAUUCCUGAUGAGUUUUACUCUGCUCAUUUAAAAGGUAAAAAUGAGUUGAUGAAACUGAAACUGACCUCUGACGCUUCCGACAGAACCUGGGAAGUCAAACUGAUCAACGGUCAGAGAUUCUCUCACGGCUGGGAAGAUUUCUCCAACGCUCACUGUCUUCGAGAUGACCACGUUUUGGUUUUCAGACACGACGGUGAUAUGCUCUUCCACGUCACACCCACCGGACGCAGUUUCUCUCAGAAGAAACAACAGUGUGUAUCUUCUAGUGAAGAAGACGAUAAUGAUGAUGAUGAAGGAAUGAAGCAGAGCAGGUUCUUGACAGUAACCUUGAAGCCUUACAUGCUCACGUAUAAACAAAUUCGUGUUCGAAGACGCUUUGCGAUAGAGAAUGGGAUGAAGGAGGCAGGAAAGAUAACUCUAGUGGACAAACAUGGAGUAUAGUGGCCAUCGUUUCUAGGUUUUGUCAAGGAUCAAGGAUUUUAUAUUUCAAAAGGUUGGAUAGGUUUUUGUGCAGCCAACGAGUUAAAAGCAGGAGAUACGUUCAAGUUCGAGUUUGUUGGAGGAGAAGGCAAAACUCCUAUGCUCAAGUUCUGCUGUAAUGCCGAGAUACAACAAGCACCAUUUGAUGGCUCCCGAGGGACGGUUCAAGCUUCAAGGGAUAAAGACAAAGAUGGUCAAGAAGACAAUGAGACUCGGGUCCUAAAGAGAGCUCGUGUUUCUACAGAAGAAGGAUCCUCUCGCUGCACUCAGGCUUCAAAUAAAUCCCGUGCUGAACCGGAAAACUUGCAGCGCAAGCCACCGCUUCAGUCUUGCUCAGUUUCUGAGCAGUUGGCAAAGGUGAAACAGAGUAUUGUAUACACUUUAACUGGUAUAAGACAGUUUCGGUCUGAGCUCGAGAUAAAGGAACAAAACUUAGAAGCUUCGCUGAAGGAACUCGAUGUACUAGGGGAGAAAGUGUUGGAAAUCAACAAAAUACUCAAGUAGCAUCAAGUUUUAAAGUGAGCUGUGAAGGAUCAAGAAAUGGAACAGAGACUCUUGCAAACUUUGUUUGUCUAUGUCUCACUAGAGACGAAACUAAGUUGUAUUUUUUUUUCAGUUUUUUAUUUGAUAGAAC